AUGAUUGAAACAGUUUCUCAAGCAGUAUCUGCAACAAAUGAUUCAUCACCAACAUCAUCUAAUUCUAAUAAAUCAUCUAUAUCAACAACAGCUGGUAUCCAAGGGGGAAAAAGCUGACUCCAUGACUUCACUAACUCCAACUGACUCCAGUGACUCUAAUUGACUCCAACU